AUGUUCAAAUUCGGAGCUCUCCUAGUUGUUGUGAUCAUUCACACGGCUUUUGCGGCUCUUCCUCUGGACCUCAGUAAAAUUCUUAGUGGUCUGCCGCUUGUUGGUGAUCUGGGCGGAACUAUUGGAGGAAUUGCCGGAGGUCUUCCAGUCGUUGGUGGAAUAGUAGGAGGUGUGACCGGUGGCGGUAACGGUACCACUUCCGCUGCAUUUGCUGCUAUAGCGCCAGUGCUAGGCCUUGUGCAAACCCUCCUUGCUCUGGUUCUUGCUCUUCUAUCAAGUCUACUAGGAGGGCUGCCAAUUGGUGGAUUAACAGGAGCACUUGAUGUUGGUGACGUCGCUGGUGGUGCCCUUGGAGGAGUAUAA